UUUUAUUGUCAUUGGAAAUUACACCUCAUCUAAAUUUUUCUUUAUACUACGAAAGGCGUUGGAAUUUCUUACCAAACAACUAUAUGUAAAAAUAAGAAGACUGGUUUUAUAUAUAUUGAUCCGUAUCCUGAUAUUCGGUAUGUUUCUUCCAAUCUUAUUGAGUGUCACCGUGUGGUUUGCAGUGGGUAUACCGCCGUCUUUACAAGUUGCACUAAUCAAGAGGCAACAAGGCGCAUAUUUACCGAUAGAAUGUUCUUUAGCCAGCGAUAUAUCCUUUAAAUUUACAAACAAGCAAUCCAACAAAACACAGACAAUAGCAGCAUGCAGUAUAAAUAUCAAUAGCUGUUAUUUGAGCGACAGAAUCCUGGCACAAAGGUACGCAAUUGCAAAAUCCGACGUGGGUGGAGUACUUUUUGUAAUUGACGUCAGUGAUGACACGUUUGGGACUUACACGUGUUAUGAGACUUAUAAUGCCUCGAAUUCGGCUGUCAUUAACUUGAGUGUCGCAGAUCUACAGAAUUCAACGUAUUCCCCAACAUGUCAACUCUUUGAAGAGUGUUCUUCCUCAUUCAUCCCGCUACUGUUUGAUGGGGUACAGAUAUUACUUCUGGUUGUUUGCAUUGCCUGCAUCAUAUUCAGAGUGAACUGCACAUCUUUCUUCUGGAAAAGGCACUUGUCAACAGGUGGUGAAACUCAGUUGAAGAAAAUUGAAGACACUACUGGUAGUUUGAGGGACUCUUCUUUGAAUGAAGUGGUUCAAGUUGAAACACGCACGGCUGAUAUAAUACGUUAUGAUAAAGAGAUGGAUUACCGAAGUAUCCUGUCAGCUGUUGACACACUCCCGAAGACUAUCGCUGAAAUACCAAUGCUUAAACAAUCGGGAAGUGUGUCUUUAGAAAAAGAAACCCUCCUUAGGCCCAUGUACACUUCACCAGAAAGAGCCUUAAUUCGAAAUCCGGGUAAUCGAAACAUACGUUCUCUGACCGGUAUACCAGCAGAUAUACAAGGAGAUGCAAUGCGACCUAAACCAAAUAAAUAUGAUUGGUGAACUAAAAGAUUCAUCGUCAUUUAAUCAUUAAUACUACUACUGCAUGGUAAACUAUAGAAUGUUUGUUCAUAAAAGCAAUGCUUAAUAUUGCCUUUUCAAAAACACAUGUAAGCAACAUUGACGCCUAAUAUAUUAUUAUUCCAAGUUUAAUUUAAACAUAUUUAUUUAAAAAAAU